AUGGUCAUGCGCCCCAGCUCAGCGCUGCAGCGACCACGCACUGCGCGGCAGCGUGCCAUCUACAGCGAAGUGCUCCUCGUGGAGGGCAAGCCGGGCACGCAAAAGCUAGCAGGGCCACCGCAAAGCCGCGAAUUUCGCAGCACGAGGGAGCCUCGCCCUUUGAGUGCACAUGGUUUUGCGCAGCGGAAACGACAUGUGCCGGCUUUGAUGGAGUCUAUCCCGCUGACCAAGUAUGCCGUGAUCGAGCCUAAGGUGAUAGGGUCCCACAAGACUGUGUCCGGCAGAUGUCCUCGUCGACUUCGCAUUGAACGACUCAAAAAGAGGUAUGAGUCACAAGAUAUUCAGAAGCUUCUCAUUGAAAGAGGCCUUGAUGUCACACUUCCCUGGUACGAAGAUAUUAGCCCUUUGCCUCUAUCCGUUUUUGACAACCGAGACUACGAUUUGCGAAGCCCUUUCGAGUGGCUAGCUUUGGCGAAAGAUCCAGAGACAGGUGAGGAGAGGCCCCUGCCGGCUUUGGCCUUGUGGCGUGAUCCAGCGGAUGGAACUGGCUAUUGGCGACGAGCAGUGGUGCUCCAAUACGACUCUGCUGGGGAAAAGUUUGAAGUCCAGUACGAGGAAGCUGAGCCCACAGAACUUGGUGGUCGGCGUGGGAUGAUGGAAUUUUUGCCCAGAUUGCGUGUCAUGUUCCGUGGCGAAGACCCAGAGGCGUUUGCCAAUCGGGUUGAGGAGGCCUACAAGUCUCGAAGUACCGCGGAUUUCCUGUUGAGAUACAAUUUUUACAUUGACAACAUGCCGACUGACGACGUCCAGCAGUUGAAUGGAGAUCAAUUGCAGUGGCUUCGGAAAGCGGUCGGCAACAAGAGAGCCGGCGUCACGGCCGGAGGGGCAGAACUCGAGUUCGUUUUGCAGGAAGUUCAGCUUGACUUUGCCAGGGCUAUGAACCGGGUGACGUUUGACACUCAUGUCCUUCAGGGCAAUGCCGAUCCGCUGCAAGAAAGCCUUCUGCCGUAUGUGGAAAAGGGAUUUGUGGCACAGGCCCUAAGCAAGCCUUUGGCACCCUGGAAGGGCAGGAUCAGUAUCCCGAGACAUCGUUUUUCAGAGACUUUUGCGAAAUUUUGCUUCGCAACUCUGCGGAUCCGACCAGAAGUGGUCUUGGCAUUGCAGGGCAUCAAGGCACAGAGUGAAGCUCGUUUGCUCGAGAACAUCUUCGGCAUCGAUGUAUCCCGGCCUUUGCGCCUGGAUGAGUUUCGACAGAACCUGCGAUCCUCCUGUGCAGAGGCUUCUAUGGCACUUAAAGAGGACUGGCUAACUUCACUGCAGACUAUUGUGCUCCGUGAGUUCGACGGUGUGAAGAAAGGAUGGUUUAACGUGCGUGAGAAGAAUGUAGAUUUGUAUCGACAUGGCAAAUUGAGACGUUUUCUCGUUUUGGCAAGGCUUGUUAUGCAAGAUACCCUACGGAACUUGGCAAAGAUCUCGGUUGAGAGGUAUGUUUCAACCAUGGAACGACUGGCUCCAGUGAAAACAAUGGUCGAGUCCCUUUCCGAUGCCGAAUGCGUCUUCAGGGACUCUAUUGAGAACCCAGUUCUCGCCGUUGAGGUGCGGCCAGCAGACGAUCUCACACAUUUUGAUUUUGUUCUUCACCCAGAUCGCUUCGUUUCUACAGCUCUGGAUGCUUACAACGUUGGCCUGCAGUCUCUGAACGAGGUCUACCCACUUGAACGUUUGAUGAUACCAGCACGGCUCCAAUCUCCUGAAGCACCUUCUCUGAUUGAAACAUUUCAGUUUGAUGAGGUGUGGGUACAAGAUGGCUCUCAACGAAUACAGUCGUGCCUGGAGAGUGCUUGUGCUGGUCCAGUGGACUUUUUGAAGAAACUUCAGAUUUUGGAGCCCUUGUUGAGACGAGAUCCCGCAGCCAUGGUAGAGGCGUUCUUCAAAGACGAGCCAGCCAACCAGGAGAUCCAGGAAGCCAUCUCCAAGGAGAUAAAAAUGCAACAAGAGCUGUGGUGGCAGCUCCUGGAAGUGGUGAAUGUGGGCAUGUUUCAGGUCACUACCAAGGAUGUUCGCAAAACCCUGGCGGCGAAGCAUGAGGUCACUCAAGCCUUGUUGAUGGAGCGUCUUGUCCGGCGACUCCGAAUUCAGAUGGACGAAACUACUUCUGACUUCAGAAGCUUGGUGGCGAAGAUCACAAAGGCGCCGAAGAAUGUGGUGGAGCUGGUGAAAAUGCGCCAUUCCAUGGAUGAAUUGCCAAAUGCCAUCAGCGAGAUGCAAUGCAGGAUACAGCAGCAUGUAAGAUUGUAUGAGGAGAUUGAAGGUUUUUGCCACCAGCUGUCGCCUGAAGACUUCCGCAUGCGCUGGGAUUUGGUCGCCGGUCCAUACCGAGCACGGCAUUUGUUGGCGCAGAAAGCCGUUGCACUGCAAGAGCAUGAGGCCGAGUUCGUCCGGGAACUCCUGCGUGAACAGGAUGAACUGCAGGAGCGAUUGCAAGAGAUCGAGGAGACCUUACAUCUGUUCCGCUCGCAACCUGCAUAUUGGGACAUUUCCUCCCUGUCCAUGGCCCGAGAAGCCUCUGAAAGUCUUCUGGAGCGAAUUGAGCAGGCACAGGAGGACUCCAAGAGCAUCAACCAGACGGAGAUCACCUUGGAGCGAAAGGCGACAGAUUAUUCACAAAUCCAUCGAUACUCCAUGGACUUCAACCCCUUCUACCAGGUUUGGGCAAUUGUCUAUGCUUUCCACGAGGAUCAGACAAAGUUCCGCUUGGGAGCAAUUGCAGAUAAGGACGCGCUGAGACGAAAACUUAUACAGACGUACCAAGUCUUGGAGAAGACGGUGAAGAUCUUGCAGACGAGCACUUGGCCUGCUCCCAUUGUGCAGCUGGGAGAAAACCAGCUGCUACAAAUGGAAGAGUUCCAACUGCUGCUUCUCAGCGAGUCAAGCCGACAGCCAGAUGAUUCAGAUGCCGACGGAUGA